GUAAGACUCCAUUGAUCAUCAAAAUGCACUCCAAUAAAUUUGAUUAAUUAAUUAAUGAAGACUCAAGAAGUGUGUAUUCUGAAGAAUAAACUAAAUAUCCACCUCACACAAAUCCUCAACGAAUAAACACUUGUAACAUACUCUUCCAUCCAUCAUAAUGAUAACAUAUUGCCCAUUGAAGUGCCCUAUUUGAAGGUUUUGUCCAUCCAAUACAUAUUGACAUCAGAUGGCAUACUUGAAAGAGAUGGAAACAUAGUGUAUUUAAGUCCCAACAUACUUGAUGCAUUCGUUAUCAACAACUUAAUCUUCAUUCAGUUGACUGAUUAGUUUCUAUUGCACAAUACCAAUACUCAAGAACAAUACACCAUUUUGAACAAUAUGAAAAUUGACAGCUUUGCUAUUAGUUAUCCAAAAGUGGCUAUUGAAUCCUCAUACUAUUACAUUUUUGAUGACAAGACCAGGAGCUUGAUCAAAGUUGGAAACACAGAAAAAAAUAAAAAAUUUGGAUGCGCAUUUUAUUAGUCCUUCUUGUUUUGUGGUAGGCCAAAUGGUAUUUUAUGGAAAGCUAAAAUGACAGGAGAAGUGUAGUCAUCUUAUAAAUUUGCAGGUCUCAAAUUUAAUUAGAUUAAUAUAGUAAAUAAUUAUAUUUACAACAUAAAUCAAAACACAUGCACCAUCAUUUUCAUCGAUGACAUGUCCAUUCUUACUAAUAUUGAAUUGAUCUCUCAACAGAUCUAUUUUGCUAAAAACAAAUUGCUCUACUUUGAUAAAGAGUAUCUGUACACUCUACAGAUCCUCAACCUAGAAGAUGCCUUUAAUCAAUAUGCUGCUCAAGGAGAUCCAAAAGCCAUUGAACUCUUCAAAACCAAUUCUCUAUUAUAAACCUAUUAAAAUGGAUUAUUACUUUAUAAAUAUAAAUCUAAUGAAAUUGAGGAUAUUUUAUAAAAUUUACAACGAGGUUAAUUUAAAUUUUCAUUUCUAAACAACAAGACUCUCAUACCUAAUAAAUAACAAAUUUAAUUCAAGGAUGAAGUGGCAGUUAAGUAAUCUUGUAAAUGGUUGGCUGUCGAUCCAGUAAUAUCCAACAGGUAAGUUGAUUUAGUCAAUGUCUUAGAUAAGAUUAAUAGCAAAUUAUUUCAAUAUAAGGGAAUGCGCAGACUGAGGAGGUAUUUAAAUGUUCAAUCAUUCAAUAAUUUAAAUUUAUUGCAUAGUUAAAUAAUAAAGAAUAUUGGAGCAUUCAAAAAAUGGGAAUUGUUGAUUAUCUAACAAAAUUUUAAGUAUUGUAGAAAUUUGAAUUUAGAACAUUAAUUUUGUAUUCAAUUAAUCCGAGAAUAGAUAAAAUGGAGAAAUAAACUGUUAGAGGAUAGAAUUUGA